AUGGAUCUUAACCAAGGUAAUAUGAAUCAGUGUACUCACUGGUACAAGAGAAUUCCAGAUGAGUUUAUAACAAGAUUUGGGAAUGAACUUAAGAAUGUUGCUACAGUUACUGUUCCAGAUGGUUGUGUUUGGGAAAUGGAAUUGAAGAAAUGCGACGAGAAUGUUUUCUUUUGCAACAAAUGGCAAGAGUUUGUAGAAUACUAUUCUAUAGGAUAUGGUUGCUAUCUGUCUUUCAAAUAUGAAGGGAAUUCAAAGUUUAGUGUUAUUAUAUUUGAUGCAACUUCUGUUGAAAUUUGCUAUCCUUUCAAAACACCAAGUUCAAAUGGAGAACCAAAAACAAAGUAUCCUAGUCCUAGGAAAAGGUCAAAGGUUGAAACAAGUGAGAGUCCUGGGAAAAAGGUCAAAAGUAUGUCUACAGAUGCUUCGACAAGAGCAGAGGACGCUGCCAAGGAAUUCAACACAAAUAAUCCUUAUUUUUGUUCCAAAAUUACUAUCAGAAAAUAUGUGUAUGUUCCCUCUGAUUUUGCUCAAAAGUAUCUGAAGCUAAAUGUUCCUAUAAAACUCCAAAAUUCUCAUGGGGAGCAGUGGGAAGUUUUGUGCAUAGUGCAUGAUUCCAGAUCAUCAUCAAUGCUAAUAUCGAAGGGGUUUGCUAAAUUUGAAAGUGACAACAACCUAUCACAUGGAGAUUAUUGUGUGUUUGAGCUGAUCAAGAAGAAGCCUGUUGUGCUAAAAGUCACAAUGUUUCGCGCGGUUGACUAUUGUGAUUAACGACUUAUGCAUCCUAUCUCCCGUGACGGUGAAUAAUACUUGAUUUUGUAUGUAAUAUGUUGUUUUGGUAUUUGAUAAUUUACAUGAAUUGUUCUAAAUAGUAAUAGGCACUUAUGUAUUCUGUGUUUAAUUGCUUCCAUGGGAUGUUUUUGCUUUUUGGAUUAUGAAGCUAUGUAGAAUAUUAGAAAUCUAGAAACCUACCGGCAACUUGGGGAAUUGUAAUGCUGGGACUAGGAGUAUCUUUAAACUUAGAUGAUUGCACAAAGAAGCAUGUUGGUGAGAAAUUAUGAUGGAUUAUUGGCAAGAUGGUGUAAAAAAUAUUUAGUUUACAUGUUGCUAACUGUGUUACUGAGAAUGAAU